UGUUAAUGAUAGAAGGGACUCAAAGUCACAUGACUAAAAAAUGGCGACGUUGGACAUCAAAUUGAAAAAAGCCAAUAAGGUGUAUAAAGAAGGGGAGCUUGUGAAGGGUGCAAUAUGCAUAGAUGCUGGAAGAAGUGAAGUAGCUCAUCAAGGCAUCACCUUGAUGAUGGAAGGUUCAGUGAAUCUGCAACUCAGUGCAAAGAGUGUUGGUCUGUUUGAGGCAUUCUACAGUUCAUUGAAGCCUAUGCAGUUGAUUAAUUAUUCCUUGGACAUUGCAAAGCCAGGAAAAUUGCCCAGUGGCAGAACUGAGAUCCCUUUUGAAAUUCCAUUAAAACCAAAAGGAAAUAAAGAACUAUAUGAAACUUACCAUGGAGUGUUUGUCAAUAUACAGUAUUCAUUAAAAGCAGAGAUGAAAAGACCACUUCUUGCCAAAGAUUUACAGAAAACCUGCGAAUUUAUUGUUGAAUACUCUGAGAAAAUCAAAAAGGAAGAGCAGGAUAAAGCCAAGUCUACACCAAAACCUGUACAGUUUACAAUCUCACCUGAGACCCUGACAAAUGUUAAAGAAAAACAGAAUGUGCCAAAGUUCAAGGUCAAAGGAAAGUUAGACUCAGCUGUGAUGUGCAUCACUAAGCCAUUAAGAGGAGAGCUAACAGUAGAACAUUGUGACACACAAAUCAAAUCAAUAGAAAUUCAGCUGGUACGAGUAGAAACUUGUGGAUGUGCUGAGGGUUAUGCCAAAGAUGCCACAGAGAUCCAGAAUAUCCAGAUAGCUGAUGGAGAUGUCUGCCGUGGUAUCUCAAUCCCUAUAUGGAUGAUUUUCCCUCGACUUUUCACCUGCCCAACACUUUCAACCAAUAAUUUCAAAGUUGACUUUGAAAUCAACAUAGUUAUUGUGUUUCAAGACAAUCAUUUGGUGACUGAAAACUUCCCUAUCAAGCUGACCAGGUUUUAGUGAAGUUAAUGGAUUCCUUUAUUGUUCAAAAUGGCCAAAACAACUCAUUUAC